AUGAUAAAAAAUAAUAGUAAUGAAAAUAUAUUAGUUAUAAAUUCAAAUGAUAAUAUUGAAUUAGAAUUAGAAAGUGAUUUAUUAUUAUAUGAUAAUAAUAAAAAGGAAAUGUUUAUAAAGAAAGAGAAAAAGAUAAAGACAAUAAAUAUAUCAAUAGUAUUUGCAAUAUUAUUUUUUGGUGAAGUUGCAAGAGGUAUAAUUAUUCCAACAAUAAAUUACUAUUCAAUAUUGGUAGGUGGUACAGCGACGACAUUGGGAAUGGUGAUAUCGGCAUUUAGUGCCGGUAGAUUUUUAGCAACGAUAGUACUUGGUUAUUUCUCGAAAUUCGAUACCUAUAAAAACAUAUUCAACAUAUCAAUGGUACUUUGUAUUAUCGGUUCACUUUGGUAUAGUUUCAGUUACAUAGACCAAGGUAAUCCGUUCAUUGGUCAAUCGUCAUUGGUAAUUUCAAGAUUCGUUUUGGGAUUUGGUGCUGGUACAUUGAGUACUGCACGUUCAUUCCUCGCUGAUAUAACCAUUCCAUCAGAGCGUACCACUUGGAUUGCACUAUCAUCAGCACUCCAAUUCCUUGGAUUUGCAGUUUCACCAAUCAUAGGUUCACUCCUAUCCUAUAUACCACCCUUCUCAAUUGAUGAAGUUAUUAAAAUAGAUUCUAUAACUUUACCUGGUUGGUUUUUAACAUUCCAAAAUUUCAUACUUUUAUUAAUGAUCAUUUUCUAUUUUCAAAAUCCAACUUUAAAUCAAUUAGCAUCAAAUAAUAAUAAUAUGAUUAAUUCAUCAUCAGAUUUAAAUUUAAAUAAAAAAAAUAAUAAAAGUGGUAGUAAUAAUAAUAGUGAUAAUGAACAAGAUGAUUUUGAAAUCGAAAGUUCAUCAUUAAAAAGUAGUGGUGGUGAUGGUGAUGGUGGUGAUGGUGGUGGUGGUGGUGAUAGUAGUACUACACAAUUAUUAUUAAAUCAACAAUCAUCAAAUAAUUCAAAACAACAACAACAACAACAACAAAAUCAAUCAAUUUAUAGAAUAUUAUAUAAUAAUAAAAGAAUUUUUAUAAAUUUAAUUAUAUUUAUAAUUUUAAAUUUCUUUAUUAGAGCAAUACUUGGUAUUUAUGAAACAUUAGGUUCAACAUUCUAUAGUAAAUUAGAUACUAGUAUUAAUAGUAGUACAAAUUCUGGUUACUUUUUUGGUAGUAUGGGAUUCUUGGGUAUUGUAUUAUUGCUUGUUAUAAGUUGGCUUUGCAAAAAGGAAUUGCUACAUGACUAUUGGAUAUUAUGCUUUGGUAAUUUAAUAAUCACGAUUGGCUGUUUCGCAACUAUGGUUCAUCAAUUAAGUUGGACUCGAUUUGUAUUUGGUUAUAUUUGCAUUUGGGGCAUUGGUUUCACUUUGGCUCAAACCGUCGUAGUUUCAAUGUUUUCAAAAAUUCUCUCAAACACAAUUGGUAACGCAUCUCAAGGUACUUUAAUUGGUAUCAUCACUGCAAGUGGUUCAUUGGGUCGUGUAAUUGGUCCAUUAUUCUCGGGUUUACUCUAUAAUGAAAAUGACCUCUUACCAUUAUUCUCUUUUGCUUUUGCUUUAUCUUUAAUCAUAUUAUUCUCUUCAAUUUUAAUGAUUCCAAAAGAUAUUUUAAAAAUUAAAUAUUUAAAUCAUAAUGAUAAUAAUAAUAAUGAAUAUAAUGAAGAAAAUUAUAAUUUAAUAAAAUAA